AUGCUCGUCUGCAAGAAGUGGUACUACGCACUGUCAGACGAUCGCUCCGAGAUUUGGGCCAUCUUCGCCGGCCGCCGUCUCUCGAAGGCCGUUCUCAAGUCCCCGGUCCUCUACAGCCUUCCGAGCUACAAGGCAAAGCUGAGGGCGCUCAGCUACGCCUGGGAUGCGGCCGAGUGCUCGCGGAACAUCUUCAUCAAGCCAAACGGUUUCACUCUUCACCGGAAUCCGGUGGCGCAGAGCACCGACGCCGCCCGCGGCAAACUGGGCCUCACCGCCGGCCGCCACUGCUGGGAGGUCUGCUGGGAGGGGCCCCUGGGCACGGUGGCCGUCGUCGGGGUGGCCACCAAGGAGGCCACCCUCCAGGCAGCGGGCUAUGUCCCCCUCAUAGGCAGCAACGUCCACUCCUGGGGCUGGAACCUGGUGGAGAACAGCCUGGUCCACGGGGGCCACUGUACGGGGGCGUAUCCACGGUUGGCCAAUGCGCCGAGGUACCAGACCGGCGAUCGGCUGCGCAUCAUCCUCGACUGUGACUCGCAGACGCUCGCCUUUGAGCGGGACUACGAGUUUCUCGGCAUUGCCUUCUUCAGCCUGCCGAAGAAGCCUCUCUACCCGGCGGUCUCGGCAGUGUACGGCAAUACGGAGAUCAGCAUGGUCUACCUGGGAUGGCCGCUCGAUGGUUAG